UACCUUGUAAAUACCCAGAAUAUCAAGACAAAAUAUGUUCAGAGAUAGCUGAUGUUAUUGGAUUUGAAAACAGACCAGAUUUUGCUGAUAGAGCAAGAAUGCCAUUUACAAUGGCAUUUAUUCAUGAAGUUCAGCGGAUUGAAUCAAUCAUUGCAAAUAAUUUACUCAGAAGAGCAUCUGAAGAUACCAAAAUUGGUAAUCACUUCAUACCUAAAGAUACGUUGGUGAUGUUCAACUUCUGGUCAGUUAAUCAUGAUCCUAAUUUAUGGCCUAAUCCAGAUAAAUUUGAUCCAACGCGUUACCUUACUGAAGAUGGUUCUAAAGCAGUAAAACCACCUUAUCUCAUACCUUUCAGUGCCGGUAAAAGGAACUGUCCAGGUGAAGGUUUAGCCUACGUGGAAUUAUUUUUAUAUUUAGUUUGUAUGGUACAAAGAUAUCGUAUCAAAGUCGAACCAGGAACUGAAUUAUCUUUUGAAGCAGUUUUCGGAAUUUCAAGGCGUCCAGCUAACCUUCCGCUUUUCAUUUUUGAAAAAGUAGUCCAUUAAGACUACUAAAUUUUGUAUUUCAUCUCAUAACUUCAAAAUAUUGAGGUUUAACUGAUUUAGACCAAUAUGUAAUAUAACCUAAACACUUUUUUAUAAUUUUUAAACAAAAUUCUCUCUUGAUUUUUCACUUCUUUCAACGAAUUUUUUCAUUCUAAAUUUAUGAUCAUCCUCAUUUUAGUUAGCUAACAAUUUUAGUUAACAAUGUUAGUUAACUAUCAAGUUGACCAAUUUUUGAUCAUUAAGUAUUGCUAAGUACUCAUGCACAAAUGAUUAUCUGAUUCAUUUUCCUUAAAAUAUAUUAAAGAUUAUUAAUAUUAAAAUAAUUUGUGGUUUGAUGUAA